GCCGUUGCCAUUCUCCGCGGUGCGCGUAGCGAUGAGGCGGCGCUGGAGGCGGCGGCCUAAGCCGAGCCAGCAUGGGCCGAGUCCUCUGGAGACCUUCGCCGAGGCGCUGCGUGGCUCCCUCGAGGGCGGCGGCGGCGCGGCGGAGGAGGAGGAAGGCGCGGGCGCGUCUGCGCCUGCUUCGGCCGGGGCCGGGGGGCGUCGCUGGUGCCCGCUGGCCAUGUGGGAGCUGGGCCAUUGCGACCCGCGGCGCUGCACAGGACGGCGCCUGGCGCGGAAGGGGCUGGUGCGGACGCUGCGGCUGGGCCAGCGCUUCGGAGGCCUCGUGCUCAGCCCGGCCGCGACGCGCUGCGUCUCCCCCGCCGACAGGCAGGUGGUGGCUCAGAACGGCGUGGCCGUGAUCGACUGCUCCUGGGCAAAGCUGGACGAGACGCCAUUUAGCAAGAUGAAGGGAAGCCACCUCCGGCUGCUGCCCCACCUCGUGGCAGCCAAUCCCGUGAAUUAUGGCCGGCCGAGCAAACUCUCCUGCGUGGAAGCUUUUGCUGCUGCUUUCUACAUUGUUGGAUUCUCCGAUCUUGGCACAAUUAUCUUGCAAAAAUUUAAGUGGGGAAAAGUUUUCCUUGAUCUGAACAAAGACCUUUUGGAAAAGUAUGCAGCUUGUAACUGUGAAGAGGAGGUGUUGGGAGUUGAGAGAGAAUUUCUUGCCAAUACCCAGGAAAAAGAAGAAGAAAUAAAUCCCUUUGAUAUUGACGUUGGAAAGACUUUUUCUAAUCCCAAUCGGCCUGCCAGAACCGUAGGAGUAACAACUGGAGGUGAAAGUUCAGGUGAAGAAACUUCGGGUGAAGAUAUUGAGGAAAGGAGCAGCAGCAGCAGCUUAGAGGACCUGAAUGUAUCAUGUGCUGUACACAGCUAGCCAGCUGUGUCAGAAGAAGCAAAUGAGAGACUUGGGUACCAAUCCUACGCAGUUUUACACGGAAGGAAGUACCUUUAAAUUCAUUGAUGGGAUUUGUUUCUAAAUAAGUAUGUUUAGGAUUGGGCUUAAGAUUGUUCAGUCUGAGGUGCAUGAGCACAUCCUUUUAUAGAAAGUCCUCUUUCACUAAUGAAAAGGCUCUCUCACUUUUUUCUUGUACAAUGCUUGCCAAACAGAUUCUGCAGCAGAUUCUCAUCUUGCCUUUUUCCCCAGUUAGUGUCUCAACUUGUUUUUAUUUUUAGUAAAAUAUAUUGGGAUGUUGAAAGAAAAUAAACGGGGAGGGUCAUCCACCCCAUGACAA